AUCGGAUUGUGAGUUGCAGUCGCUAUCCCACGUGUUGUGCAUUCAGAUGCCCAGGAUCCUUAGACGGCUCUGGCGUCUGCAUUCCACGAUACUCGCCAGUCGCCCGGCCUGAUACCGAGUAGCCUGCUGAUUGCUUCAGUACAUUUCAGGUUUCUCAGAAUACUUUCCAAGUGCCUUAAGAACAAUGGAAUCCAUUGAAAUGACCACUAUGUCUCUAAAGCGUGCCAUAUCUAGCGAAGAGCUUGUUGGUGAUGAUGGCAUUAAAAGACAGAAGCUGUCAGAGAAUUCCCCUCUGGAAGAACCUUUGAAGAAUGUCCAGGAACCAGACCAGAUGUUGGACAUUCAGUAUAAAAAGGCCAUAGACACAGAUGUUGCAGAUGAAGUGCCUGUGGCAAUUGUUGAGGACGAAGACAAUGAAGAAGACGUCCUGGAGUUAGAGUCUGAAGAUGGUGAACCGGAAAGUUUUGCUGACAUGAUGAAACAUGGCCUAUCUGAAAUAGAUGUGGGCAUCACUAAGUUUGUGAGCACUCAUGAAGGCUUCUCUGGAAUUUUGAAGGAGAGAUACUCAGAUUUUGUAGUCCAUGAAAUAGGAAAAGAUGGAAAGAUAAGUUAUUUGACUGAUUUAUCGGUUCCAGCAGACAAUGAGGACCCUUCAGAAGAAAUUUAUUCUGUCCUCUCUGCUGAUGAUAAGAAACGCUUGGAAGAACUUCAGAUGUUAAAAAACAAAGAAGCAAAUGUGGAGAUUGAGGUCAUUGACGAUACCAAAGAAAAGAGAACAAUCAUCCACCAGGCUGUUAAGGGUCUGUUUCCUGGCCUGGAGACAAAAACUGAGGAUCGGGAAGGAAAAAAAUAUAUAAUUGCAUACCACGCUGCUGGGAAAAAAGCACUUUCAAAGGUCAGAACACCAGCAGAUCCACGAAAACAUUCCUGGCCCAAAUCCAGAGGGAGCUUCUGCCAUUUUGUACUCUACAAGGAAAACAAAGACACAAUGGAAGCCAUUAAUGUUCUCUCUAAGUAUUUAAGAGUUAAACCUAAUAUAUUUUCCUACAUGGGGACCAAAGAUAAAAGAGCCAUUACCGUCCAAGAAAUUGCUGUUCUCAGGAUUACUGCCCAGAGGCUGGCUCAUCUGAACAAGUGUUUGAUGAAUUUCAAAUUGGGAAAUUUCUCUUACCAGAAAGCCCCCCUGAAAUUAGGUGAACUCCAAGGAAAUCAUUUUACAGUCGUGUUAAGAAACAUCACUGGGACUGAUGAACAAGUGAAGCAAGCCAUGACUUCCCUCAGGGAUAUUGGAUUUAUAAAUUAUUACGGGAUGCAGAGAUUUGGAACCACAGCUGUUCCUACCUACCAAGUGGGAAGAGCUAUUCUUCAGAACAACUGGAAUGAAAUGAUAGAUCUAAUAUUGAAACCAAGACCAGGAGCUGAAAAGAACUAUUUGGUUCAAUGCAGAGAAGAGUGGGCAAAAACAAAGGAUCCAGACGCAGCUCUCAAAAAACUACCUGUUAAAAGAUGUGUUGAAGGACAGCUGUUACGAGGGCUUUCAAUGUAUGGCCUGAAAAAUAUUGUAUCAGCGUUUGGCAUAAUCCCAAGGAACAACCGCUUAAUGUACAUCCACAGUUACCAGAGUUACGUGUGGAAUAAUAUGGUGAGCAAGAGAAUUGAUGAGUAUGGACUCAAAGUAGUUCCGGGCGAUCUUGUACUGAAAGGAGCCACCGCUAUACCAGUUGAAGAAGGCGAUAUUGACAGCUAUUCCAUUAAUGAUGUUGUGAUGCCACUGCCAGGUUUUGAUGUUAUCUACCCAAAGCACAAGAUUGCUGCUGCAUACGAGGAAAUGCUUGCGGCUGACAAUCUGGAUAUCAAAAAUAUGAGACACAGAAUAAAGGAUUAUUCCUUAGCAGGGGCCUACAGGAAAAUAGUCAUCCGGCCACAAGACGUUAGUUGGGAGGUGGUUGCAUAUGAUGAUCCUAAAAUCUCUCUAGUCAAAACAGAUCUGGAUACUCUGGAUGGAAACCCACCACCAUCUUUCAACAAAGAAGGGAAGUACAGGGCACUGAAGAUGGAAUUCUCCUUACCUCCCUCUACAUAUGCCACGAUGGCCAUUAGAGAAGUACUUAAAAUGGACACCAGUAUCAAGAACCAGACCCAGUUGAACACUGUGUGGCUACGCUGAGGUUGUUCUUUAACCUCUGCCAUUGUUUUUAACAUUGAUUUUUUU